AUUGCCCUUGUGUGUUGUGUUGUGUCCACUAAACAACUAAAAGUAAACCAAUCAUCUUUUUUUUCUUUUUUCUUUUUUUCCUGGUAGCAGUUGGAAUGAGCGUGACAGUAGCCAUAUGCAUCCCCGGUCUCUCUUAUUUCUUGUCUAUGUGCUGAAAGUGAAUUAUGAUUUAUGGCAUCCUCUUCAAAAUCUAAAUAACUUUUCUUAUUCUACCAUUUCCUAAGAUUUCAUUCACAAAAGCUACCAACUCAUUUCCUAGAAGCACCCCCUUCCCUUUCUCUACUCAACUCUCAACACAAAGCAAAGCAAGCCUUCAACUAGUCCCUAAUCUAAUCCAUCUCAUUAUUUAUUUAUUUAUACUACUCACUUUGUUCCUUCAUUUUCCUUCGAAGCCACUAUUCUCCUAGUCCUUCCACUUCCACACACAAAAUCCAUGCCUUCCCAAACGUAACCACUAAACAAGACACAGCUAAAAACUAACAACUCUGCAAUCAAACUUCACUUCACAUCUUAUGAUCUCCCCAAGGCAAGACCCUCUUUUGUCCCACACCCACUUUUCCACAAUGCUCAAGCUCCUCAACAAGAACCUCCGCCGCCUCCUCCGCCGUCUCCGGUGGCCAAUUCGCCGCCGCUCAAAGUCCAAAGUAGUAGUGAUCAGCAAGCUCGGGAAGAAGGACCCAGAAGCCGAACCCGAAGCAAGCACGAAUUUUUCCGCUACGGUUCAUUCCAAAGCGCAAUUGGGUACUCCGAAACCGAUUCGGGUGGCGACGUUCAACGCCGCCCUGUUCUCCAUGGCAGCGGCGCUUCCAAAAGCAGCGGCGUCGGAGGAGCAAAACGGCGUCGCUUCGAAGCCGACGAAUGCGCGGCCCAGAAGCAUAUUGAAGCAAUCGCAGUCAGUGAAGAGAGUGGAGGAGAACGUGGGCGUGAGACAGGAAGCGAGGUCGGCGAAAUCGAAGAUGAGGGUUUCGAUAAACUUACCGGACAACGAGAUAUCUUUGUUGCGAAGCAGACAAUCGAGUUUCUCGGAACACGAGAAGGAGGGGUGGGGGAGUGGGGUCCACGUGAGUAAGAGUAAUAGAACGGUGGUUGAUGUUUUGAAGGAAGUGAACGCUGAUGUUUUGGGGUUGCAAGAUGUGAAGGCUGAGGAAGAGAAUGGGAUGAAGCCUUUGUCUGAUUUGGCUGCGGCUCUUGGAAUGAACUAUGUCUUCGCUGAAAGCUGGGCACCUGAGUACGGCAAUGCUGUCUUGUCCAAAUGGCCCAUCAAACGCUGGAAAUCUCACAAAAUCUUUGAUCGCACUGAUUUCAGGAAUGUUUUGAAGGCCACUAUCGAUGUACCCCAAGCAGGUGAACUUAACUUCUACUGCACACACCUUGAUCAUCUUGAUGAGAAUUGGAGGAUGAAACAGAUAAAUGCAAUAAUCCAAUCUAGUGAUGAGCCUCACAUCUUAGCUGGAGGCCUUAAUUCACUUGAUGAAUCGGAUUACUCCCAAGAAAGAUGGACAGAUAUUGUGAAGUACUACGAGGAGAUGGGAAAGCCAACACCAAAGGUUGAAGUGAUGAAAUAUCUCAAGAGUAAAGACUACACAGAUGCAAAGGAUUAUGCAGGGGAAUGCGAGUCGGUUGUCAUGAUUGCCAAAGGCCAAAGUGUUCAGGGGACAUGUAAGUAUGGAACUCGGGUAGACUAUAUAUUAUCAUCCUCAAAUUCUGCGUAUAAAUUUGUUCCCGGUUCCUAUUUAGUCCUUUCUUCCAAAGGGACAUCAGAUCAUCACAUAGUGAAAGUUGACGUGGUGAAGGCAAAUAACAAUACUGAAGAAAAUGUGACAAAGCAUCCGCAGCAACAACCAAGACAGAGAGUUGUAAGAAUAACACAAUCCACUCCGUCAAGAGGUAUCUGGAAAACACACACUUGAGACAUAAAUUGAGUUUCUCUUUAUUAGAUUAGUAUGAUCAUAAUAUUUUGGAAAUGCGGCAUUUUGUUUUUAUUUUUGUUUUUGUUUUUUUUCCUGCUUCGUCAUCUUACCUUCUGUAUACAUACAACUUUCUUCAAAUAGAUUUAGAAGAAUAUGGAGAGAAAAAGUGUGAUGUGAUGUGAUGAUGUAUGGCAUUUUUUAGAAGAAAAAAAAUGUACAGAUUUCUUAAUCAAAGUGAUUUCUGGCUUUUCAUUCAUUCCUUGA